AUGGCAGCCAAUGGAAUACCAGCAGCAGUUCUCUUUCAGCCAUCAGUUCCCGUAUUUACUGGAAAGGAGUAUGGAAGAUGGAGUCUUCGGAUAAAGACUGUGUUCAAGUCCCAGGAGCUUUGGGACCUUGUGAAGAAGGGGCUGGCUGAGACAAAGGAGGAAGCUCAGACCGCACAUGAGGCUUGGGAGGUGCUAAAGAAACAAUAUCAUGGCACGAGUAAAGCACUGGAGGUAAGGCUGCAAGCUCUCAGGCAAGGGUUUGAGACGUUACAGAUGGAGGAUCAUGAGAGUAUUCAAGAAUAUUUCUCCAGGGUGGUGACUACGGUGAAUCAAAUCAAGGGACUUGGUCAUAAACUCAGUGAAGCAGAGGUGGUGUCCAAAGUGCUGAGGAGCUUAGUACCGAAGUUUGACUUUGUCGUUGUUGCAAUUAAAGAAUCAAAAGAACUUGCGAGUUUGUCACUUUAUGAGCUCAGAGGAUCUCUGCAAGCUCAUGAAGUGAGGGUAAAUCGAGCACUGGGCAAGAGUGAUGAGAAGGUUCUUCUCGCAAAGGGUGAAACAUCAAGCUCUACCUCUGGGAAAGGAGUUGGUCUUAGAAGCCCUUGGGGUGAUGGAAGAGGCCGAGGAAGGCAGUUCAACCGAGGGAGAGGCCGAGGAAGAGAUGGCCGGGGAAGGAGUCUGGAGAACAAGAGUCAGGUAUAG